GGCCUGCCUUCAUCUGCGAUGUCAGCACCAAUGUAUUAUUUUUUAUUUUUACAACGCAUCCUGGGCGGGUGUAUGCAUUGCGGGGGUGGGGGUUGAACAGAGGAGAGGAGGGGUUGGUAGUGAAGCCUAGAACCCUCCUUCCUCUCCCUUCCUGCCAGGGUUGCUGUGCAGGGAGUGUCGGCCACAUUUGGCGCACUGUCCCAGGCCCGGGCGAAGAUGGCCAGGGGAAAUUGGGCUUAGGGAUUGCUAAGCAAACGGCACCACUGGUGGUCUACUACCGUCAGCAGAGCGGGCUCUGUUUCCCCUCCCAAGGCGGCGGCGGCGGAGCGGCGGAGCCCCCCAAAUGGCCUGGCCAGAUGCGGCAGGUUUGCUGCUCAGCGCUGCCGCCGCCGCCACUGGAGAAGGCUCGGUGCAGCAGCUACAGCGACAGCAGCAGCAGCAGCGGCAGCAGCAGCAGCAGCAGCGGCAGCAGCAGCGGCAGCAGCGAGAGCAGCAGCAGCAGCAGCAGCAGCAGCGAGAGCAGCAGCAGGAGCAGCAGCAGCAACAGCAGCAUCUCCCGUCCCGCUGCGCCCCCAGAGCCGCGGCCGCCGCAACAGCCGCAGCCCCGCAGCCCCGCAGCCCGGAGAGCCGCCGCCCGCUCUCGAGCCGCAGCCGCCGGCGGCAUGAGGCGCGACCCGGCCCCCGGCUUCUCCAUGCUGCUCUUCGGUGUGUCGCUCGCCUGCUACUCGCCUAGCCUCAAGUCGGUGCAGGACCAGGCGUAUAAGGCACCCGUGGUGGUGGAGGGCAAGGUACAGGGGUUAGCCCCGGCCGGCGGCUCCAGCUCCAACAGCACCCGAGAGCCGCCUGCCUCGGGUCGGGUGGCGCUGGUAAAGGUGCUGGACAAGUGGCCGCUCCGGAGCGGGGGUCUGCAGCGCGAGCAGGUGAUCAGCGUGGGCUCCUGUGCGCCGCUCGAAAGGAACCAGCGCUACAUCUUUUUCCUGGAGCCCACGGAGCAGCCCUUAGUGUUUAAGACGGCCUUUGCCCCCAUCGACACCAACGGCAAAAACCUCAAGAAAGAGGUGGGCAAGAUCCUGUGCACUGACUGCGCCACCCGGCCCAAGCUGAAGAAGAUGAAGAGCCAGACGGGACAGGUGGGUGAGAAGCAAUCACUGAAGUGUGAGGCAGCAGCGGGCAACCCUCAGCCCUCCUAUCGCUGGUUCAAGGAUGGCAAGGAGCUCAACCGCAGCCGUGACAUUCGCAUCAAGUACGGCAACGGCAGAAAGAACUCACGACUACAGUUCAACAAGGUGAAGGUGGAGGACGCUGGGGAGUAUGUCUGCGAGGCUGAGAACAUCCUGGGGAAGGACACGGUCCGGGGCCGGCUCCAUGUCAACAGCGUGAGUACCACUCUAUCAUCAUGGUCGGGGCAUGCCCGGAAGUGCAACGAGACGGCCAAGUCCUAUUGUGUCAAUGGAGGCGUCUGCUACUACAUCGAGGGCAUCAACCAGCUCUCCUGCAAAUGUCCAAACGGAUUCUUCGGACAGAGAUGUUUGGAGAAACUGCCUUUGCGAUUGUACAUGCCAGAUCCUAAGCAAAAAGCUGAGGAGCUGUACCAGAAGAGGGUCCUGACUAUCACCGGUAUCUGCGUGGCUCUGCUGGUCGUGGGCAUUGUCUGCGUGGUCGCCUACUGCAAGACUAAAAAACAGCGGAAGCAGAUGCACAAUCACCUCCGGCAGAACAUGUGCCCAGCCCACCAGAAUCGGAGCUUGGCCAACGGGCCCAGUCACCCCCGGCUGGACCCUGAGGAGAUCCAGAUGGCAGAUUAUAUCUCCAAGAAUGUGCCAGCCACAGACCAUGUCAUCCGGAGGGAAACGGAGACCACCUUCUCUGGGAGCCACUCCUGUUCUCCUUCUCACCACUGUUCCACAGCCACACCCACCUCCAGCCACAGGCAUGAGAGCCACACGUGGAGCCUGGAACGUUCUGAAAGCCUGACCUCUGACUCCCAGUCGGGCAUCAUGCUGUCAUCAGUGGGCACAAGCAAGUGCAACAGCCCAGCGUGUGUGGAGGCCCGGGCACGGCGGGCAGCAGCCUACAGCCUGGAGGAGCGGCGCAGGGCUGCCGUGCCACCUUACCAUGACUCCGUAGACUCUCUGCGUGACUCCCCGCAUAGCGAGAGGUACGUGUCGGCACUGACCACGCCCGCGCGCCUUUCUCCAGUGGACUUCCACUACUCGCUGGCCACGCAGGUGCCGACUUUUGAGAUCACGUCCCCCAACUCCGCUCACGCAGUGUCGCUGCCGCCGGCCGCACCCAUCAGCUACCGCCUGGCGGAGCAGCAGCCGCUUCUGCGGCAGCCGGCGCCCCCUGGCCCCGGGCCGGGACCCGGCGCGGACAUGCAGCGCAGCUACGACAGCUACUACUACCCCGCGGCGGGGCCCGGGCCGCGGCGCGGGGCCUGCGCGCUGGGCGGCAGCCUGGGCAGCCUGCCCGCCAGCCCCUUCCGCAUCCCGGAGGACGACGAGUACGAGACCACGCAGGAGUGCGCGCCCCCUCCCCCACCGCGGCCGCGCGCCCGCGGCGCGUCCCGCAGGACGUCGGCGGGGCCCCGGCGCUGGCGCCGCUCGCGCCUCAACGGGCUGGCGGCGCAGCGCGCACGCGCGGCGCGGGACUCGCUGUCGCUGAGCAGCGGCUCGGGUGGCGGCUCGGCCUCAGGCUCGGACGACGACGCGGACGGGGCGCUGGCGGCCGAGAGUACGCCUUUCCUCGGCCUGCGCGCGGCGCACGAUGCGCUGCGCUCGGACUCGCCGCCGCUGUGCCCGGCGGCCGACAGCAGGACUUACUACUCCCUGGACAGCCACAGCACGCGGGCCAGCAGCAGACACAGCCGCGGGCCCCCCCCGCGGGGCAAGCAGGACUCGGCGCCCCUCUAGGGGCCCCCGCCGCCCCGCCGCCCCCCUCCGCCUCGCCUGCCCCACUGUCUUUACGGAGAACAGAGACCACCGCCUGGAGAGAGAAAGGAGGAAAAAAAGAAAUAAAAAUAUUUUUAUUUUCUAUAAAAGGAAAAAGGUAUAACAAAAUGUUUUAUUUUCAUUUUAGCAAAAAUUGUCUUAUAAUACUAGCUAACGGCAAAGACGUUUUUAUAGGGAAACUAUUUAUAUGUAACAUCCUGAUUUACAGCUUCGGAAAAAAAAAAAAGAAACAACAAAAAAAAAGAAAGAUGGGCCAAUUUUUUGACUCUUUAAUAGAAACCUAUAUUGUGGUGCCUUUUGCUGUACGCUAAUCUGGAGCUCC